AAACAGAGGAAAUACGAAAAAUCGAAUGUCACACACACAGAACGUGCAAACUGAGGAAAAGAUGGCUAAAAGUGAAAGCAAAACCUUAAUGGCAGCAUUAGAAACUCUAAUGGAUAAACAGAAAGAAAGCCCAAGAAAUACAUUAGAAGAUGAAGAUGGAUUUGUCCUAUUAGCUAAGGAAUCGAUUUGGCCUCAACUUUAUGGAACAUUUUACAUGGACAUUAUUCAAGAUGAAGAGAAUCUCACUGAAAAAACUAAUUCUAAAUCACAUCAGGAAGAUGAUGAUAUGUUGUUUUACGUUCAAAAUAAACCUGGAGAACAGGGGCAAGAAGUGAAGGUCUUUAGAAAAACAAGCAAGUCUCUUCCUGGUCUUGGUGAUCCACACAUCAACUGGGAAGAAAGUGUUUAUUUGAACAUGAUAAUGCAUGAUCUUGACUACAAAUUAACUUGUGCAAUUUGUGCUCGGUUACACAAUCAAGAUUUAAAAGUUUUAAGCAAGAAAACACUGAAUGUCCACGCUUCACAUCAUAUGAGAAGAAUGGACAGUAAGGGUGAAAGUUCAGACUUAUCAUACCCAAACAUAUUUUUUAUCAUAGACAGUUAUGACGAGGUGUUUGAGUCGUUGUCUGUUCAAGAGAAUGAAAUAGUCUGUGUUGAGUUAACAGCUAGAUACAAGGGAAACAAAGGCCAUGCUGUGGUUUUCUUGGGUUCGGUUAAACAUGAAGCUCUUCUGACAGUAUACGAUGCUAAGACAUCUCUAGGGACUAAGAUUUCACAAAAAAUGUCUCUCAGUUGGAUGACGGGUGUUAAUGAACAUUUUGAGUAUAUACGCAUGCGUGGACCACAUGGCAAGGGUUAUGCAGAAAUGAGAGUUGGUCUUUGUAGGGAUGACUUAGUUGAACACAAUACUAUUAAUAGACAUCGUUCUCUCUCUGAGAAUAAAGCAAGCUCAUGUAAUUGUCAAAUCGAAGAAAAUGCUCAAAUUUACGUUCCAACAACUACUCACCCAGAUAGAUGUCCGAAGUGUGAUAGAAAUUCCCCAAAUGAAGGCGCAGCAAAACUAUGGUCAAACACAGUGAAAUGGUUUCAACAAAAAAAAAAAUCUAGUAUUCCAACCUUAAGUCCUCAUUUGACUUACGUCACGUUACCGUGGAGUCGCAUUAUGAAGGAUGUUAUACAGGUGAAACAAAAGCCUGUUUUUUUAAAAGAAUCGAGACAUCGAUAGAUCAAUUAUUAUAAUAUUAUAUUUUUAGAGAUUUGUAUAUUUUUAAAAACUAUUUCGUGGAUCAAAAUAUCAGACAUUGUAAAUACAUUGUUUAGUAAAUAUCAGUAAUAUUUGCGUAUUUACGUUUUUUUAUAAGAACACCAAACUUCGAAAAAGCCUUGUCACGUUCUUAUUAUUUUGCACCUAUUGUCCUAAUAUUUCUUGAGAGUUUGUUGGAUUUCUUGAUCAAUGUUCUUCGAUGUAAGAUACGUGUAGGCCGAACAUGUUCCUAAGUUGUUCUUAAUUUCUAACAAAUGAAAUCCUUAUGUUGUUAUAAAAAAACCACGUAUCACAUCAAAUAGAACUGUGAUACAGUGCGUAGGUGAGAUUUUACUCUUUGAGCGCACCAACUUAAAUUUUCUGUGCAGUAACAAGCAACUGUUUCUUUCAGGAAACAUAUUUUUGCAGUUUGGUUAAUUAUAAAUUUGUAAUGAUUAUUUUAAUUUACAUGUGGAUUUUAUUUUUGAUAGAAUUUUCAGUAAUUUUAGGUUUUUUAGUAUUAACUAGUUUUUGAUCUAUCAUUUUCAUCUAGAGUUUCUGUUGUGAAAAGAUAUAAACAUCUUAAUAUUCACAUAAUCCAACCUUAUACGCCGCAACUUUAUUUAAACAGAAUUGUACGUAUUACUCAAUCUUAUAUUAGAAUUACAACAAAUUAAAAGCA